AUGUUGUUCAUAAAGCCUUCUCACCCUUGCCGUGCCAGGUGGGACAUGUUUCGUUACAUGCCGCCCUCCGUGGACAAGUGUCCGCAUGACCAUUUUCGUGCAUUGUUAUAUUUAGAAUUGCUUCAUCUUUCGGCUGUUCUCUUCAUAUGUGUGUCACUUCUCGUUUUCUCCCAGAUUGAAAGCACGUUGGCUUCCUGUCCUGACGACAACGUGGACCCGUCUCGGACUGUGACGUGGAACGCUCCAACGUGCGAACUUCGAUGCCCGAUGCCAAACCCAAUGCCGGAGGGCUUCGAGUGGGACUCUGCCACUUCCUCUGCCAGAUGUGAGCCAGGCUACCUCGGUCCAGCUUCCACACUGUGCACCGUCAACAAUGAGACUUGCCAGGUCACCACGGUCCUCUCCGGUUGCCGCAAGCUCAUGCCCUGCCAAUUGCCAGUGAUGUCCCCGGUGGAGCAAUGCCAAAUCAAUAUGACCACAUGCAGGGGCAUCAUGCCUGGAGAAUCCUGCAGGCCAAAGUGCAUCCCGCCGUUUGAAUUGUACGGCGCAGCUUUGGCUAGUUGCCCCGAGAACAACUUAGAUGCCGACACAACACUGGAGUGGCAAGCUCCGAACUGCUCGGUGUUUCAGUGCGAUGACCCGUCUCCUGUUCCUGCUGGGUAUGAAUAUGGCAUCGACCAGAACAGCCCUGCUGCUAUCGCGGAAGGAGUUCCUCGAUGGUAUUGUGUUUCGGGUUAUGUGGGAACGGCGCAACGGCUUUGCAGCAGCAAUGCCACGUGUGGAGUUGUGGCGGUCUUGUCGGGAUGCGAUCCAAUUAUUCCUUGCCGCCCUCCUCCAAACCUGAAUCCUUGUCGAGUUGAUGCUUCUCAGUGUGCCAGUGUUCGGCCUGGAAACCGCUGCAUCAUGUCUUGCCGGCCGCCAUUUCUGGGACGUGACUCCGUCUUAAGCUGUCCUGUGAGAAACACAGAUGGGCGCUUGCUCGGGGAUGUGCCGACCUGCCAAUUGGAUCCGGACUUCGACCCCAUCCCGUUGGACAUCGGUUUUGCCAGUGACUAUGAAGGGUUUCAUUGUGGAGCAGGGUACACUGGCCCCGUGAAAACCGUGUGUCGGAUGCAACCAGGCUGCCGGACCACCACGUAUCCCGAAGGCUGUGCUCCGCCCGUCCCCUGCGACGUCGGAAGUUUUCAGGACGAAGACGGUCGGCGAGGCAUCAUUGGCGGAAACUUCACCUUUGGGCGCAGUCAGUUGGACACCGUUCUGAAUGUUGGACAGGCUCAAGAUCUGCGGACGCCCUAUGUGCCCAUUCGCUUCGGUGGCCAAGGGACCAUGUAUGAAGACAAGGUGGAGGGUUAUGACAUCUAUUUUGUGGAUGUUUGCCAGCGGCUCAUCACUGAUGAGGGCGCACUAGCGUCCGUGGACGCGAAAAGCACAUCAGACCCAAUUCUGUGCUGCGACGCAGAGGUUUACACAGUGCAGUUCACCGACGUCGUUCUGAAAGAAGCCUACACGGGUUUGGCUGUGAACCCAGAGACUGGUGCCGGAGAGCGACAAAAAGAGGUCGUCGCAAAGAUCCAAAAUCGUCACGGCCUAGAGCUCUCAGUGAACUAUUGGGUGCUUCAAAUUGAAGAUCGGAUUGACCCAAUCACGGGAGCAGCUUCCAUACCGAUUGCAAGCAUGGUGUUUGUGGUGAUCUUCGCGCAGACUUACUUGUGCUGA